CGCGCGGGCGCGUAAUAGUUCUGUAUACACACGGCGCGUUAAUAAUAAUACAUAAUCAUCAACAAUACUUUUGACUCGCACCUCUGUAUAUAUAACGUACCUACGCUAGCUGUUAUAACCGAGAGAACAGAUCAACAAAUUUUCGCAGUCGUCGCUUCGUCCCUCUCUCUCUCUUUCUCUCUGUCUCCCUAAUGUCUCGAAAAUAAUAAACUUUCCGUCUUACUGAGGUCCUCGUAUUUGAGUCUCGUCGGAGCUGAUUCGUAUCGCUCGCUGUUGUGCUAUAUCUAUAGAUAUUAUUGUCCCCCGAUGUGAAUUCGCGCGUGUGUGUGUAUAUCAGAGAGUAAUCGUCGCGUCGUCGAUAUAUAACGUACGUGCUGCGAUAGGCAUGCACUUGUGCGACACAAAAUAACGUCUUUCUGUCAAAAGUCGAGAGCGCGAAAUAAUUCGUUCUGGAAGUGCAGUGCAGCCAGCCAGGCAGUGUUGUCCGCCCCGCAGCACAACGAUCUCAAGACGUGUUCAACAUUAAUAACAUAAAUACAAUUAUUAUAAGCUCGGGGUUGAUUGCAACGAUCGCAGAAUGGACGUGGAUGAGUACGAAGCUUUCGACGAGUUUAUCCGCGACGAAGACGACGUGAAAUCAACGAUAACGACGAAGACGACGACGACGACGACCACUAACUCGAUCGCGGCUGCUAAUGCUGCUGCUGCUGCUACUGUCGCUCCGAGUCAUCUGUCCUUGAGCACAAACAACAACAAUCCUCUGGUUUGCCAAGACAAUGCCUUUCACUGGAACAACGCGCCCGACGUCGUGCUCUACGAAAUUUUCUGCUACUUGCCGCAGAAAAGCCGUUUGAUAGCUUCACAGGUAUGCAGACAGUGGAGGUACGCACUCUUUCAUCCAAGUUUCUGGAAAAAAAUAACUUUUUGCCUCUCCAAUCAUGACAACAUUAUGUGGUCCAGAUGUUUGGCGGAUACAUACUAUGCGAGUGUUCGUGAAGUGACCAUCCGAUGCGAUUCUGCUGAAGUAUUUACCCGAGAAGCUCUUAAAAUUCUUGAAAAAUUGAAAUGCAAUAGACAAUUGCGUAAAUUAAUAAUUGAACCAACCAGGUGUAUGUUUGAGGAAUCAUCUGAAGAGUGCAACCCAGAUAUUUUUAUUAAACAAGUGGAGAAUCUUUUGAGGAAUUCCAAAUAUUUGGAAACAUUUAAUUUAGGCUGCAUAGAAGAAGCAACAGAAGAUCUUAAUCCUUGGCUAGAAAUACUUACACAAAAUUCAACUAAUUCUCUUAAACAUUUGUGUUUAGCUUCUGUGAAAGAAGAUCCACAGCAUUAUGACUAUCUGGAAUUACAAGUUUCAUUGUUCAAAAAUUUCACGCAACUUACAUUAUUAGCCAUUGAUUAUGAUCAUCUAAGUAAUGAUCUAUUACUAUCUUUAAAUAAUGGUAAAUUGGAAAGAUUGGUUGUUCAUGUGCAUUCAUAUAAUGGAGAGUACAUGGGGACUGAUAAUAAUGCAUGGCUUGCUUUUACUCAAAAGAAUCCUAAAUGUGAGUUACGCCUCAAUCUGAUUCAUUCUUUCAAUGGAGUGAGAUUUUUAGACUCUGCCAUCUUAAGACCUGCAAUGCCUCUCACCCACAUAAAAGUUCUAUUUUGUGAAUGUUUGAAUAUGAUGGGACUAAAUAAAAUUACAGAAUGGUACUCGGACAAAUUAAAGUCAAUUGUAUGGAUUGAUUCUAUAAGCUAUCCAAAAGAUGUGGAGAGGAUGGUAGACAAUUUAGCAGAUCCUGAUGUAUUGGUAUUGGCAGCGUGGAAGUGUAAAAAUCUUCGCGAAAUCGUGCACUUUGGCAGAUCGUAUAGUCUUAAUAAUUUACUUGGAAUUGUUCGCGUGAAGCCCAGCACAUUGAAAAGACUCGAAUUUGCAGAAAUUGACAUUGAUCACGAUUUAGAAUGUGGGUUGUCCAUUGACGAAAUCAUAGAUGAAAUAAAAGGCGCUAUGGGUAAGCAGUGGCAUCUACUUAGCGUCGAUGAAUUGCCAGACGUAGUUGUAGAUCCUGUUGACAGCGAUAGUAGAGAAACGAUAUUGCCACUCGUUUUUGAAGAUCUGAAGUAAUGUCUUUCAAUAACAACGGUCACUAUUGUUCAGAUUCUUUAUCAGUUACGUACUUUUUAUAAUUUUUUCGAAAAGAUUUUACGUAUGACGGACUUUCUUUCGAAAAACGUUAUCGCUCAUUGCUGGCAACGACAUGUGCCCAAUUCACAAAAGUUAUCAAGAAGGUGCUUUUUCGAAAAUCGGGGUAGUAUUUUUCACAAGUGUAAUCUGUAAACACUCGAUCAAUACGCGAAACAAUCUUUGACCGCGUCUUUAAAAAAAGGGUGAGAAGAUUUAAAAGAAACAUCGAAAGAAAGGACGCUUUAAAAUCAAGUGUACAUAAGUAAGAAUUAUGGACAAAGAGCAUUUGACUCCACGAAGAGUCCGCAUAGAUAGAACUUACAAAAAUCUUAGUAUGAAUGAAAUAAUAAUCUUUAUAAAAGAAGCGAACAAGAGAGUGAGAGGUACAUCUUAGACUACAAGACUCACAAGAUACCUAGUCGAGAGUCUUUUGUGACGCAAGCUCUGUUUUAAAGAGCGGAUAUAUUAUAUAUUAUUAAACAAAAAGAGUUCGAUCAAUAACAGAUGGGAGCACAAAUACAAAAUUAACUAGAUUAAUUCAUCGAGGAUUACACUAGCAGCAGUUAAGAAUUUGAAAUAUCCUAUGGUAUCCACGCAAGUUCGUCGAAGAAAUAAUAUAGGAUAUAUCUAUAUAAAUAUAAGAAAAAAUUUAAACGACAAUGACAAUUUCGAUUAAAAGUGAAUAGUUUUUCCCCUCUUUUCAUUGUGAAACGAUGAAUACUAAAUGAAAAGUAGACGAUCUUAUAGAAGCAUGUGAGUAGAAGAAAAAAUAAAAUGACGCUGAUUUGAGUUUUACACAAGAUUAAAAAUGGAAAAGAGACGUAGCUAAUGCAACGGAAUGUUUAAAGGAACAUACCGCGAUCCGAGGUUAUUUUUAAUACCAAGACCAAUCGGAUACGCUCGAGCAUAUAUAUACCUUAAGAAUAUAUAGAUUAUAAAUAUUUUGUUUUUUCGUUAAAAACUCCUUUUCGUUAAUAGAUAAAUAAAGGAAAAAAGAUCAAGUUAUUGUUAAAUGUCAUGCUGUGAUUAAAUUAUACAUGUACAGAAAAAAGCAAACAAGAAAGAAGGCGCUUAUUACUACAAAAAAAAGAUUAUCAAUCAUACUUCCAAGAGCAAAGCAGAGAUGAUAAUGGACUGAUACGUGCACAACUCGUUUCGAUAAUUUAUACAGAUCUUUUGAGAAAGUAAUACAAAUGGGAUGAUUUUUUUUUCGUGCAAAAAGAAGAAAAAAACGACGAUGGAUUUGAAGAAUACUCGAAAUCUGCCCCGUCCUAUAUAUAGUCGAAGAAGAGCUAAGCGCUUUACGAGCGUUGCACGAACGCGCGCAAAAAUUAAGUGCAUCACAGAAAAAAAGUGUAUUAUAUCAAGACAUUAUGUAAGAAAACAAAACAAAAAAUAACUGGCGAUGGUACAAAUCACACAAUUAUAAACACACAAACGUGAAAGAUAAAUAAGGAUAAAAAGAGCGUUUAGAUCAUGGUGUCCAUUAAACGUAAUGUUAUGAUAAAUAUCCUAAUCAAACAAUCAAUGAAAUAUAUCAUCAUUGAUAAUAGAUAUAUCCAAUUCAACAAACAUUAAAUGUAUGUGUGCUGUGGUGUUUAUAUCUCUUUAAGCCAAAUCGUCUUUACAACGCAAAAAACACGUUUUAACAAUAACGAGAGCCUAUUUAAACUGCAGUCGUAUGAAAGAUCUUUUUCUAUCGUUAAAAAACAAAAAGUUAAAAAGAUGAGACGUUAUACAUGUGUAUUUACAAUAAAGAGCAAAAAAAGAAGAAAAAGUAGUGACAUUGAAGCACGGCGUGUACCUGAUGUAUAUUUAUAGAUAAAUAAACCAUAUUGAUCGUGCAAGCACAACGCGCCCGACGCAUCUCGCAAUGUUGAUAAUCCUCAAGAACCCAAUUGUUGAAAAACUAGAUUUAUAUAAAUAAGUCGUGCCCAAUUGCACAAGUCAUGUAACGAAUAGUCGAGGCAGAGGAGAAAAGAAACGAAGAGCAAAAGACGACAAAGCCAUUUCUUCCAAUCUCCAAGAGAAUUAUCAGAUGAUAAGUAAAUAUCAUGUCCUUUAUCGAGCUCGCAUUAUAACACAAAUACGCACGAAUCGCAACUAGUAAUCAUAAAUAAUCGAGAUUAUCAACGAGUUAUGAUUGAUGAAAAGAAGAAGUCAUCGUGGCAAGCCAAUCAAGAUAGAUAAUAGCCGAGCAUAGUGAAAGCCACAUAAAUCGAAGAUCUCCGUAUAAUAGAAGAAAAACUACGUAAAUGACGAAAAUAUCCAAGACUGAGCUUGCAGCGGUUUAUAUAAGUAGAAAAAAAAUACAUGUAAUCGUGUGCGCGUGUUAUAUACGUAUAAUCUGCAGUAGUGUGAACGCGAAAUAAUUAUGUUACCCUGUGUAGUACCUAACUAUCGUGAGCCACUUCCGUCGUCGUCGUUGUGCUUGUAAAUUCGUGCCGCCUGUAAAAACGCGCGAGAUGCUCGUUAUAUAUCGAUUAAAAACACACUCACGCAUAAAGAGUUAAUCCUAACACCCCUUCCGUACAACUAUAUACACAUUACGCGAACGAUAUGUGUAUCCGUACAUAAUUUUACAAAAAUAUAACAAGAUAGGCCGAACCACGGGAGUCUAUCGAGGCGAAACAAAAGUAGCGUGUAAUAUGCGUGGGUGUGGCUGUGUUAAAUAAAAGUUCAACGCGCAAACGUGUAUGAAAAUUGCGUCGACCCGAGCGCGCAAGAAAAACCAAUAUAUUUUUGUACCUGAUAGAGCAGGCCUUAGAAGCUGCGUUACGAGAAAAAGAAUGACGAGAUCCGGAAAAAGAACUGGAAAAAUCAAAUGCAUUAUAAUGAAAAAAAAAACAUAACGCUUAGUGAGAAAAAAAAAAUGAAAAUAAAAUAAAACGCCUGCGAGAUUAUGUAGACGCGCGAACAAAUAGAGCGGAAAACGAUCGAUCGUAUAUAUUAUAUAUGUAUUAUUGUUGCACGCGAUCAAUCAGUCUCUCAAUAGUCAUAAAUAAGCGUAUAUAAAUCCUUCCUCCGUGUGCUAGAGACUGAGCGCGAAACAUGAAUGUUUAAAAAAAAUCGAGAAGCGAUCGAUGAUACAUAGUGCGAACGCCGCCGAGUGAUAGGAACGGACAGUCGAGGGUGCCCCGUUCGUAGGAAAAUUUUCAUUUACAAAAUACACGUAGAAAAGAGAGAAAGAGAGAGAGAUAUUCCAUAUUGUAUAGAUGCCGAAACGAAAGCGCGCGCGAGGAUGGCCCAGGGCUCGCGUAGCCGCGACACAUAUAUAUAGCUUAGAUGGUCGGAGGGCUGGACCUUUAUCGAUCCGAUCUUAUAAGCGGACCAACGGAUGUGUAUAUGUUGCUUAUACAAACGUUUAUAUACAUACAUCUAUAUGAUACGGAGACGGACGAAGAGUGCUUAUUUACGCGCACACGAUAUUUACAGCAGAUUUAUUAUAUACAUUUUAACGUACGACUCGUGAUUAUGCAAAAACAAAAAAAAAAUUAUCCGAUCGCCGUGGAUGAGUUGAAAAAAUAAUUGUAUUACACAAAAUUUUAGUAUUAACAAAUUUCUAGUCAAAUUCGCGGACUCCUUUCGUCGAAGAUGAUCGGACGAAAGAACAAACAAAAAAAAACAGUCACAGGUAUAUCGGAAAUUCAUAAAUGAAAAGGUUCAGUCCUCCUACAACGCGAGCCCAAUGAAAACUUGCUGUGUAUAUAAAACGUAUAUACCGUUGCCGAACGAACUGAAAUAUAUUAAAAA